AUGCCUGAAAACCCAAGGUUCCUCCGCAAAACUGCCUUAGUAUAUUUAAAAAUAUAUAUUAAAAAAUUCUCAAAUCUCAAAUCCCAACUAGCUAAUAAGCCCGUGGAUAUUGAAGUUCCACAAGCAGUACUUCCUGAUACUGUAUUUGAAGCCGUUGUUAGAAUUCCUUAUGAUAUGCAAUUGAAACAAGUUCUUGCUAAUGGUAAAAAGGGGGGUUUGAAUGUGGGGGCUGUUCUUAUUUUACCUGAGAGUUUUGAAUUAGCUCCUCCUGAUCGUAUUUCCCCUGAGAUAAAAGAAAAAAUGGGUAAUCUGUCUUUUCAGAGCUAUCGUCCCGAUAAAAAAAAUAUUCUUGUGAUAGGGCCUGUUCCUGGUCAGAAAUAUAUUGAAAUCACCUUUCCUAUUCUUUCACCCGAUCCCGCUACUAAGAAGGAUGUUCACUUCUUAAAAUAUCCUAUAUACGUAGGUGGAAACAGGGGAAGGGGUCAGAUUUAUCCCGACGGAAGUAAGAGUAACAAUACAGUUUAUAAUGCUACAGCAGCGGGUAUAGUUAAUAACAUAUUCAUUACUAUUAGAUGA